AUGUCGCAAACAGCCCUCCCGGAACUCGGAUACACGCCAGGCGAUUUGACGGAGCCACAGUUCCGGUUACCCUCGCACCAGCAGCUCCUCGAUCAGAAGUUGAGGGAUAACCACGACGGUCUGCCACUGGAUCGCCUCACUUUGGACACGAGGGACACACAGCCCAUCAAGUAUCGGGAGUUUCCCGCUCUGGCGGCUGCCCAAAAUCGCUAUACGGAUCAUUUGGAGCGCGGCAGUGAGCUAAACUUCUCCGUAUUGGACAACGGCAAGGACCUAAUCUCACUGCCCACGGUUGCCACACGUACGUGCGACCCGGAUCCCGAUCUGAUCAAGAAAAUGCCGCUGCACUCGAUCACGGAGAAGCCGAACGAGCGUUGUCCCUCGCCGGUGGUGCCGGCAUAUGCCAAUUUUGAGCUGGCCAAGCGGAUGCACCAGGACAAUCUGGACCACCAGCCGCUGCCCGAUUGUGUGGCGGAUCUGGCCUUUCGCAGGGCACAAAUCUCGGGUGGUCAUGCCGGACUGGCCCUGGACAUAGACCCCAUUGCCACGGGCGUGGGUGUGAAGACCCACAAUGCGGGGCCGACGCACUGCACCAAGAUGAAGGUGUUCCGGCCCAAGACCGGCGGCGGCAUUGUGCCCCGAGCCCUGGGCCAUGGCGAUCCAUUGCGGGGCGUGGGCUCGGCACCGGCCAAGAAGAUGGGUCCCAUGGACCUGGCCAUUUGCUGGGACUUCAAGCCGGCCAAUCCCGGCGACGAGCCGCGCCUGGCCAGGCACAUCGAUGGCUCCAAUGACUCGGCCGGACCGGCUGUCUUCACCUGUGUGAAGACGCCGCGCGAAGAGCAAUCCUCUGAUUUGGGUCGCUCGGCGGGUGUGUUCACCAGCACUUUGGGCGAGGCGGAUUUCUUCGACAAGGACAUACUGCGAAAGAGAACGGACUUCGGAGGAGCCCGCCUGGACCGCGAGGAUCCGUGUGGAUGCGACUACUCGCCGCCGGCGAGACAGCGGGCACGCAGCGUGUCCCGGGACUCGAGUGCCUCGCAGUGUCGCCGGCGAGGAUCCGGCAUCGGAGGACCAAAUGGCGGUGUGAGCUUCGGCAAUCUGGCAGAGCUGCCCGGACGCGGAAUGCCCGAUCGUCUGGCCAAGCAGUAUCAAUCGUCGCCCCUGCUCGGCGACAAGGCCUAUCAGGCGCUGAGGGAAAAGUACUUGGGUCCAGAUGCGGGACAAGAUUCGUGCCAGCCCAUGGAUUGCCGGCCCACGGGUGGACCUCCGUGCAAGCGCGAUGUCCUGCUGAGGCGACCAGCUCGUCGACUCUGCCACAAGGUGGCACCGGCUCCACGCUGCUGUCCAGCACCCGCCUUCGGAGGCCACGGACAUGGCCAUUGCCUCACCAGCAAGGCGGCCUUUCGAGCCGGAGUGCCCAAGCACAAUGCAUCCGGCGACUUUGUGGGCAUUGAGCCGGGAUGUGGUGGUGGCGGCGGCGGGGGGCGGGUGCUGGUGGUGCCACGCCCCCGGCAGCCAUACGCCAAAAAGAACUACGACAUUGAGACGCUCGUGCCGCCGUUCCAAAGUCAGGCCGGCGGUGCCGGACAGGGCGGCUAUCCGGAGCACUGGCGAUUGGCCAGCGUCUAUCAGCACGCCUACAAGCCACUGGAUCAGCGGCGGCGACCUCUCCUCCAAACCGUAUAUAAGUAGAUCAAUGCAUAACCCAAACCCAUUUGGAAGCCAUUGCAGAAAUAACACACUUUGUUGUCUGUUCAAGAGAACUAUUUAUAUUUUGUGUCAGUAAAAAAAGGAAUUUUACUUGUGUAUAAUAUAUUCCUAUAACAUUUUUCCCUCUUUUAUUUUAUAUUAUUUUUUGUCCGCGAAUAAAGUUGUUCGUUUAAAAUAAAUAACUUAUCCUUGUCCAGCAUUUUUUGUCCGCCAACAGAGUUGUCCGUUUAAGAUAUAUUGCAUAUUGCAUAUUCUUAAGAAGAGUUGUCCGUUAAAGAGAAUAUUUUUAAUAAAAGGGGAAGGAAAAAAAGAUAAUCUUAAAAGCUUAAUAACAAAUUAAAAUGUUUUGUAGAAAAAAUAAAGAUGUUGUUUUAAUACAAUACAAAGUGUUUUUCGUAAGACAGAACUUGUCAAAGUUAUUGACUCCUAAGUUCAAUUAACUUCUUACCGAGCAUUUAAAUAUAUUAUUACUUAAAAUAAAUAUACAAAAAUAAAUAAAUAUUCAAAUAAGAUGUAAGAUUUUAAAAUUUGGAAAUUGAAAUAGAUUUUCAAAGUUAACAGUCUAAAAUAAGUAACUGUAUUCAAAAUUGCCUUGUUAUGGAAAAUUAUUCCAUGCUUGUUAAAAGAAAAUAUAUUUAUAUAGUAAGCCCCCAAAACCAUUGGUCCAAAAAUAGGUAUAAUUAAUGCUCAAGGUGUUCCUACGAUAAUCCCCGUUUUUAUAGAACUUCUCGGUUCAUAAUGCUAUCCCAUU